AGUGUAAGCCCUCCACUUUCUUCUCGCGCAGGCGGAACCUGCUCUGCUGGGCCUGGCGGCUGCAGAAAAACUUUCUUUCUCCCGCCCCAACGGUUGCUGCGGCCAACUGCCUCACCCGCCUGGCAACCUAACCCGCCAUCUCUUCCCAUCCUGUCCGGCUCUGCGCGGCCGUGUUUUCCAAUCUCCUGGCGGUAUCCGCUUGCUGUUGUCACCGCCUCCACGUCUUGUUCCCGGCCAACUGGCCCGCCCCGCUGCAGUGAUGUGCGACAAGGAGUUCAUGUGGGCCCUGAAAAACGGAGACUUGGACGAGGUUAAAGACUAUGUGGCCAAGGGAGAAGAUGUCAACCGGACAUUAGAAGGUGGAAGGAAGCCUCUUCAUUAUGCAGCAGAUUGUGGCCAGCUUGAAAUCCUGGAAUUUCUGCUGCUGAAAGGAGCAGAUAUUAAUGCUCCAGAUAAACAUCAUAUUACUCCUCUUCUGUCUGCUGUCUAUGAGGGUCAUGUUUCCUGCGUGAAAUUGCUUCUGUCAAAGGGUGCUGAUAAGACUGUGAAAGGUCCAGAUGGAUUAACUGCCUUUGAAGCCACUGACAACCAGGCAAUCAAAGCUCUUCUUCAGUGAUGGAUGAAUGGACUGAUAACUCUUGAGGAAUGACUCUCCUGUGGCCUCACACUGCUGCCUGUCUGUCUGUCACUCUCUAUCUGCCAGCUUCUUCAGCUAAAUACUUUAAGAGGGGUGAGGGGAGAGAGAAAUUCAUAACAAAUCAGGCUACCAGAAAAGAAAAUGUUUUGGAAGAGGGGGAAAAAACACGAUCGGGCUUUUACCAGGAUUCCUGAUCAAGUCUGCCUCUUCCAUUUCUAAUAAAAUAUACAGCUUAUACCCAAGGGAGAGCAAAGACAAAAUACACCAUUGACAUUUGACCUUUUCAGCUCCCUGGCUAAUUUAUUAAUUAGAUUGUGUUGAAGGUCCGAUUAUACAAAGGCCAACUAUACAUAUUUAGUAGCCCUAACUGUGCAAGCAGUAGUGGCUGCUGUGAUGUAAACUUAGGGUGCUGAGAUAAGCAAUUAGCUACAGCCUUCUGCCUUAAGAAUGCACUCAAGUGGAGAUUUCUUGGCGUAGUUAAGAACACUACCUGUGGUUGGUGACCAAAUCUUUCCUCAGUGACUUUAAGCUUUAUGUGAAAGCUCACUUAAGAUGAGGAGGGGCACACUCCCAAAUUGCUGGAUGACUGAACCUUGGAUUUCCUCUCCCCUUUCACAUGGAUUUCAUGUAUCUUUAGAUAAUACUGACUAGUUUUAUUUUUAAAAAAUCUUAAAUUUUGGAAGUCUAAAGGAGAAAUCAUUCCAGGAUGAGUAUUUUUUUUCUCCUCUAGAUUCAGACAUCUAUGUAACAUUGAAACACUUGCAAACUCCUGCUGGUAGUAAAAGGGGAUUUAAAAAUAGAAUCAUAGCCAUACGCUUGUUUGUUUCAUAAAAAGAGAGCAGUUGUCUUAGUACCUAUGGAUUUUCUUCAUUUGCUGUUUGAGUGGAUUGAACUCACUUGUGUUUGGAGAAUCAAGGAACAUUCUUUGAAAUGCCUCUCAGACCCAUCUUGGAUGCUGAUUACUUACUGCACCAAAGCCUUCACUAGGGUGAGAUUUACUAUUUGGACAAAUUUAACCUCAUCCCUUCAGAAACGAUGCUUGUUAACCAGGUUUUCCUGAGUUGUUGAUAGACUUCUGCUGAUCCUAUGUCAACCCCUCUCAUAAUAUAUUUUUAUUUCUUCUAUAAAUCUUGCAUUGCAUAAAAUGUGAUGCCUUCAAAUUGUAUUCUGCAUUCUUAGAAUAUAAUGCCCUAAAAUGAUGUUCUUACGAAACAGAAAAUAUUUGGACACAUCCAAAUGUUUAUUUCAUAAGUAGUGUAACUUAAUUAUUAAUACAUAUACCCUUAAAUUUGAUACAUCGCUUUUAAAACAUUAAGAUUCCUUUGACUUGCCAUCCAUAUAAGCUUAUUAAAAAUAUUAGGGUUUUUCCUUAGCCAGGUCCUGCAGUAAUUGAAUAUACUUCAAAUUCUUGAACAGGGGGAAAACGGUGGGUUAGGAAAUUGUAUUCAGAUUGUGGAUAAUGAGGAAUUAAUAAUCAUUUUUUCAGGCAAUGUAGCAUUCUACAGCAGGGUUAAACUUACCAUCAGCCUAGCUAAUGACAAAUCUUACUGAUCAGUUGCUGAUUCACUGGUUGGCAUAUGGGUUUAUGUGUUGUGUGUUUUUCUUCAGGAAUCCUUUUCUUAACCCAUGGCUUUUUCACUCAAAACUAGCCUAAACCUGUAAUUUUUCAGAGUCCAAGAAAAUCACAAAAUAGUGGUGUAAAUACUUUCACAUACCUGGCUAAUUCUGCUGCCUAUUAGAAUUGGAUUAAAAGUCAGUAAUCAGUACUUUGUUACAUCACUGAACCAAACUAUGGAGACAUCCUCAUUGGAAAUGGAGGGCACUCUGUCAGUCUGUAAUUAUCACGGUAGGCAACAAGGUAUUUUCUUAUCUUUGUUUUCACCUCUUAACAUAAUGUUAUUUAAAAAGCUUGAAUUUUGCCCUUUACAUGAUUUCCACCUUUACUUUCAAAGUGUUUUGUUGUAGUUGGCUAUUGCAGAGAGUGCAUUGUCUCAUCAUUCCUAAACCUGGUCUGCUUUCUACAGUCAUUGUGGUAUACAAACCAUGUGAUUCUUUGUACAGUUUUUCCUGAUGUUCCUUAUAAUGCAGUAGAGGCUAUUUUGCCCUCCUCUUCUUUCUCAGCCAUUUUGUAAACCCCAUAAUUAUGAAGCGAUUGCUUGAGAAAAUAACAUAUAGAACAUAGAAUAGAAUAGACUGACCAAGAUGGUUUUAACAUUUGUUUCUGUUUUUGUUUUUUUUUAACUAGGUUAUUUAUAAUGUAUUUUUGAACCACUUGGCAGAGAAAAGUCACAACACUUAAUGUUCAUACUUUGAGUAGAGGAAGCUAAAACCAUGUCUGCUUUUUGGUAAUCAAUGCAUUAGUGAAAGGUCAAGUAAGUUUUGUUCAUUGAAGUAAUAUUUAACAUCUCAGAAAAAUCUUGCAUGUUCUGUAGUUUUGUACUAAAUCAGUCAUUUCAUAUGCAUUAUAUCAAGUAAAAACAGGGUGAUUUACCUGUUUACAUUAGUAUACUAACAAAUUUACCCCUUGCAGCUUCACACUGGUAUCUGUAGACUUAUAGUGCAAAUUCAGCACCUGAAUAUAUCCAAGUAGUUGUAUGCAUAGCACACCUUUCUUAAACCAGUUGGGCACAGAGGACAGGUAGGUAGGUGGCAUUGUACAGAAGCUGCAAACAAGUAGUAGGCUCUUUGUUCGUUGAUUUCUUUCCCCAGAUAAUGGAUUUUAAAUCUCUAUAUACCUAGUUGAAAUUUCUUUAUUACAAUUAAUACUUCAACUGAGCUGCUGUUUUCUUCCAUGCAAUAUUAUAUACUCAAUUGUGUUUAGGAGAAACUGGUGAGAGCACCCUCCUACAUAAGCAGUUGCAGUGUUUUGCAUGCAAAAUUUUAAGAAAUUAAAUUGUCCUGAUUCUAUUUUGUAAAUGGAGAAACAAUCAUAUCUUUCUAAGCAGUAACGGAAGAAAACUAGUGCUUUGUGCAUUUUGAUAUAUUUGAGUUCAUUUUUUCCACAGUAUAAUACUUUUGACAUAAUUGGGUUUCUCAUAUUAUCCCAGUUCAUGUACAUCCGAAUGCUAAAUAAUACUGUGUUUAAGUUUUGUGUUGCAAGAACAAAUGGAAUAAACUUGAAUUGUGCUACA